AUUAAGCAGCUAGAGCAACAAUGGCGAUCGGUCAAUUGGAAGGCCACCGGAAACUUUCCGCUAAAAUUGCUGCGAUUCUCCAGGAAGUUAGGUCUUCCAACGCCACUCACAGACGCAAGCUCAAAGAAAUCCUCGCUCUUCGCUUGUCGUCUCCGGCCGAAUUCUGCAGAGCGUUUUGCGAAGCCCUAGUACCACUUUUCAAUUUCCAGAGGAGAAACUCCUCCUCCGAGCGCACCAUCAAGUUCGUCUCCACUUUCGCUUGCUCCAGCGCCGAGAAAGACGACUCCGCUGAUGAAUUUCUGGAGAAUUUCCUCAGGUUUCUUCUGCUGGCUGCAACUGCGGCGAAUAAGACUGCCAGAUUCAGGGCUUGUCAGAUUGUUUCUGAGAUAAUUAUGCGGUUGCCGGAUGAUAUGGAAGUCAGCAGUGAACUUUGGGAUGAGGUGAUAGAAUGCAUGAAGAUUCGUGCGGGUGAUAAGAUACCCACAGUUCGAACAUUUGCUAUCAGGUCUCUUGCGCGGUUUGCAAGUGAUUCAGAGAACCGUGACAUUCUCGAGUUGUUCCUUGAGAAGCUUCCACUGGAGCAGAAUGGCGAUGUUCGUAAAAUUAUUGUGCUGUCUUUGCCUCCUUCAAGUGAGACUUUAUCAAUGAUAAUUGAUUGCACUCUGGAUGUCAACGAAUCUGCCAGGAAAGCUGCCUAUUGUGUUCUAGCAAGUAAAUUCCCAUUACAGAGCCUCAGCAUCAAGCUCAGAACAACUAUUCUCCAGAGGGGCCUUGCUGAGAGAUCUGCAGCUGUAGCAAAGGAGUGCUUCAGGAUGAUGAAGGAUCAAUGGCUUGAAAAGUGUUGCAAUGGAGACCCUAUAGAACUGCUUAAAUUUCUUGAUGUUGAAACCUAUGAAUCGGUUGGGGAGACAGUUAUGUCCACACUUCUGAAAGCAGGAUUAGUUAAACUGCAGGAUGGUCAAACUCUCCGGGAAUUCAUUGCACCUGGUGGUGACUCAUCUGAAGAAGGAGGAAACUGCAGUCACAACAUUGAGCUAAUGGAUGCGGAAGUUGCUGUUUUCUGGAGAGUGGUUUGUACGCACUUGAACAUAGAAGCACAUAAAAAAGGUUCCGAUGCUGCCAUGACUAUGGGCACAGAAUCAACUGUAUAUGCAGAGGAAGCUUCACACAACAACGAUCUUCUUGACCAAAUCCUUCCUGCCUCAGUUUCUGAUUAUGUUGAAUUGGUUAAUGCGCACAUUGUUGCUGGGGCAAAUUACCGAUUUGUAUCCCGGCAACUGCUACUUUUGGGCACGAUGCUUGAUUUCUCUGAUGUUUCCAACAGAAAAGUGGCCAGUGUGUUUCUUCAAGAUUUGUUGCAUAAAGCCCUUGAUCAUGAAUUGGAUGAGAGUGGAAAUGAAGUCAUCAUUGGAGAUGGUUUCAAUUUAGGAGGGGAGAAAAAUUGGGCUGCUGCUGUAGCAGAAUUAUGUAAAAAAGUCCAUGCAGCUGCUGGAGAGUUUGAAGAGGUUGUUCUUAAUGUGGUAGAAGAACUUGCUCAGCCUUGCAGGGAGAGGACAGCAGAUUGGAAGCAGUGGCUGCACUGUCUUGCCGUGGUUGGGCUUCUUUUGGAAAACACAACUUCAUUUCGUCAUAUGCAGGGAAAUGCAAUUGAUCCUACUGAAAUUCUUCAUUCUCUAUUGCUUCCAGGGGCAAAGCAUUCCAACUUGGAUGUCCAGAGGGCUUCUGUUAGGUGCCUUGGCCUUUUUGGUUGGUUAGAAAGAAAACCUAGCGAGGAUAUAGUAAAGCAAUUAAGAUGUUCUUUUGUCAAGGGACCCUCUACUGUAUCAAUAAUGGCAGCAAAGGCGUUACUUGAUCUUGCAAUAUGGCAUGGCCCAGAUGAAAUGGAUAAAGCCAUAAACUGUAAUCUCUCAUCAGAUGUCCAUGAUGAUGAUAUUUCUUCUACCCAGUUUGAAUUUGGUGAUGCACGCGAGGAUUCAAAUUUUGAACUGCUUGAUCUGUUGUGUGCGGGACUUGAACAUGACUGGGAUGAUUUAGAAGAGGUUGAAGACCAUCAAUCAAUUCAAGAUGUUCUUGGAGAAGGUUUGGCAAAAAUUCUACUAUUGAGCAAUAAAUUCCCAGGAUCGCAUUCUUCAAAACAUCAUUUGAUAUUGGCCAAGCUCAUCAGACUGUAUUUUAGUAGUGAUAAUGAGGAAUUUCAAAGGUUGAAACAAUGUCUGUCGGUUUUCUUUGAGCAUUAUCCAUCCCUCUCCAUAAAUCACAAGAAAUGUUUGUCAAAGGCUUUCAUGCCAGUUAUGCGUUCCUUGUGGCCAGGAAUCAAUGGCAAUGCUGCAGGGUCCACCAUGAUGGUAUCCAACAUGCGUAAAAUUGGUGUCCAAGCAUCACGCUUUAUGCUGCAAAUGAUUCAAGCUCCUUUACUAGCUAAAGAGAGUACAAGCACAGAAGAGAAUAAAAGUGAUAAUCCUAGCGUAGAGACUUGUCCCUCACUUGAUUUCGAGAGUGAAGAGGAAGGGCUCGCUGUUCGAAUUGCAGUAGAGGUGGCAAGUUUCGAUGCUAAGAAGACAGCUGCAGAAAAAUCAUACGUGGCUGCUCUUUGUAAAAUACUUGUGUUGCUUCAGUUCCGAGUUUCAGAACAGGGAGUUAUAAAACUGAUGAGGCGGAUUUUGAGUCGUGCCAGUGCAGCUGUAGCAGCUGAAAAAGAUCUCACGAAGGAACUGAGGCAUAUGGCUGAACGCCUAAAGGCAAUAGACAGAAAUCCUGACGACCAAUUGUCAUCUGAGCAAGCUACUCAGAUUUUAGAUAAGCUGGAGCUAACAUUCAACUUGGAUAAAGACGAUUCACUGGAAGCUGACCCUACUCCAGCACCGCAGUCAGUCCGGCCAAGACCUACUAGAAGAAGAGCAAGGGCACACCAAGACUCUUCCUCUGAUGAUGAAGGCUCUCCGACUUCUGUGGUUCCCAACACUCCUGUGAUCGGUACUCGUUCGCAAAGGGCUAGUAAGACAGCUGCAAUGUCAAAAAUGGCAGCCAAGACAACAGUUAAGAUAGAUGAGUACGGCAGUGAGGAGGAUGAGGAUGAGGAUGAGGCAUUGGCUGAAGUAACCUCAGAAGAUGAUUCUGAUGCUUCUGUUUAAUCUGGUGUGAGUCUUAAUGUUGUGAUCAAAUCUAUCUAACAUCUCCUCUCUCUCUCUCUUUUUUUUUUUUUUUUUUUUUUUUUUUUUUUUUUUUUUUUUUUUUUUUGUCUCAGCCAUUGGAGUCGUAUUCUGAUUGUAUAUUUUGUUCAGCCUGGUGCGCAACUAACAGAAUCUUAAUGUAUUCACUAGUCA